AUGGAAAUGAAAGGAAACCAUGCCACAACUAGGAACAAAGCUAUUCUUUCUCGAUAUUUGGCAUUACCACAGCCGGACAAUAAGGUCAUGACUACUUACAUUUGGAUUGAUGGUAGUGGAGAGAAUCUUCGAGAUAAUAUAUUAUUAUGUGUUGAAGCAAUAAAAGCUGCACAUGAUCAACAUCCAUGGUUUGGUCUUGAACAAGAAUAUACACUUUUAGAUCGUGAUCGAUGGCCAUUUGGAUGGUCAAAAGAUGGAUUUCUACAUCCACAAGGUCCAUAUUAUUGUGGUGUUGGUGCAACUCAAGCACUCGGUCGUGAUGUUGUUGAAGCACAUUAUAAAGCAUGUUUAUAUUCUGGUAUUAGUAUUUGUGGUACUAAUGCUAAAGUAAGGCCUGCUCAAUGGGAAUAUCAAGUUGGUCCAUAUGAAGGUACUAAUGCUGGUGAUCAACUUUGGAUACACAUCAAUCAAUUUAAAGCUGGUAUGGCAAAUUGUGGUGCAUCAAUUCGAAUACCUCGUCAAGUUGGCGAAGACAAAUGUGGUUAUUUAGAAGAUCGUCGUCCAGCAUCGAAUUGUGAUCCAUAUGCUGUUACAGAUAUUAUUAUUCGUACUGUAUGUCUUGAUGAAAAAGAUCCUGAAGCAGUAAAUUAA